UAAAAUCAUACAUUGAAAAAGUAAAAAAUUUAUCUUUUUAAAACAAAAUUUUUUUCCAGAACAUACAUUUUUUAGGAACGGAGGGAAUAAGAUCUAAGAAAAAGGAAUACAAAUAUGCACGCACAGAAUGCAUAAGGUAUGCCGUAUGCGUCCAUUGCACUUGAGUCUUCUUCAGAACCGGGUCAGAGCACACCCGCCCCAGAAACUUUAUAAGGUAUUUCUGCCACGGACUAUGCACGUGAUUUUUUUUCCAGCAAAUACGAUGAAAUUUAGGCAUUUCGUAAUUCAUUUCGGUUUUGUUUGAAAUUUUUUUCCAGUUUUCAGAUAUUUAGGGUGGAGAUUUAUUUAAAAAAAACUGCAAAAGUAUUUUAAUUUUUUUUCUGGUUUGAUUUAAUUUUGUUGAAAAAAAAAGUUUGAAUUAAUUUUUUCAGUUUAUCCCUUAGCUUUUUUCCUUUUUCUAUUUCUUUUUGUCGAUUCUUCGUAUGCUUAAAUAAGUUUUUGAUUGGUGGAAUGCUAUUCUACAAAAUACUCUGUUCAAUGGUAUCUGAUUUACAUAAAAAAUAUCAAAUACAUCAUUUAUUCUAUUGGAAAAGAUCAAAUACAUACAUUUUUUUUUCUCUUGUGUCAUUUGGAAUAUUAUGCUGAGACUGUCGAUUAAGACAUAACCAAUGUCGAGUUGGUCCACUGUUAGUAUGAACUGUUUAUAAUGUUUAGGUUCCGGAUAAAAAUUGAGGUAUACCUUUUUUCAUGGAAUGAUAUUUUUGUUUGAUUGUCUGCUGCAUACCCGAAUAAAAUGAGAAAAUUGGCAAUAUUACAUGGGUGAUAGGCUACUACUACAUACAAAAUAUGGGAGGAGAGAAACAAGCAUCUUUAUGAUUAGGGUUGGGCAUUUUACCCGUUACCCGAAUUUGAAUCCAAACCCAAGCCGAAAUCCGAACCGAAAUAGCAAAAUACUUAAACGGAUAAUGAGUAAAAGAGAUUUGAUAUCCGGAUCCAAACGAGUAAUAUAUAUCCUAAAAUAAUCAAAGAUAUGUAUAGUUAACCCUAUAUUUCUAAUUUACGUAUUUUAUUUUAUUCAAAAUAUCUAUAUUGAUGAUAUACAUAGCUCAAAAUCAUAUACUAUACAUAGUUGCGAAUAAAGUGAUUUUGUAUUCAUUUAAAAUGCAUUUCAAGCGUAUUAUUUUAUGCAAAAAAAAACAUCUAAAUUCUCAAAAGAACAACUAAAUUAGUGUUUUUCUAUUGCAAAAUUUUUGUUUUCGAACCUAUUAAUCGUUCAACCUAUUAAAUUUUAAAAUAAAUCAAUUAAACUAGCUGUAAAAUUUUAAGUAAAAGAAACUUGAGUAAUAGAAAAACUUUGAAAAUAAUUUGAUUUUUUUUAUUUUUGAGACUAUAUUUUGGAAAUUUCAUUUAAAAAAUCGUUUAUAUAGUACUUGUUUAUUUCAUAUUAAAUAUUACUAAAAUAUUUAUGUAUUUAGAUAUUUAUUUGAUUUUUUGCUAUUUGGUUUGGUUUGAAUAUUUCAAAUAUAAAGAAAUAUGAAUCACUCGAAUAUUAAUAUUUUUGUGGUUCCACUCAGUUUUUUUUUUGUUUCCUUUAGUUCUUCGUUUUGGUUAAAACGCCCCUACCUACCACGUAUUAGUUUUUUUUUAUCUUGCAAGCUAAUGACACGUCCUCUUGAAGUUUGAUAACUGUUUCUUUGUGUCUAAUGUCGUUCAAUGAGGCCCUAAGGUAUCAUCAUCCGCGUUGGUCUCUCACCUCACCCAUGCAUUGAUGGGUCACUGUCGCGCAAACAACCAAACUACUACCACCAUCCGUGGAAAUAUCUUCCGUUUUUCUUAUUUAAACUACAGAAAAAAGAUAAAAUAUGCAAAUAAGAGGAUCGAAGUUGAGCAAAAAAAAAAGAAGAAGAUCAAAGAUCGAAUAACUCUGAAAGAUGACGUUUACCAAAAAGAAAAAAACUCUGAAAGAUGACUGCAUCAAAGGAUUGUCGAGGAGCACUUUAGCUUCUCUCAAUCUACUCCUGUUGGGCAGGUAAUAGAAUAUAUUACGUAUUUGAACUAACUGUGGCCAUAUUAAUAUCUAAUGAUGUGCAAAGCUUCACAACUCCUGGUGGACAGGUAAAAUAAUAUGUUACGAAUUUGAAAUAACUGUGACCAUGUUAAUAUCUAAUGAUGUGCAAAGCUUUUAUAACAGUUUGUAGAAUAUUCUCUUGUAUAUUUUUGAAUACCUAGUAUUUAGAUCUUCUGUUGUAAAGAUAUAUCUUGUAGAUCACGUCACAACUUGUGUGUAACUACUCAGCCUUUAUAAGGCAUCAUAAGAUAAUGAAAUCCCUCAGGGAAUUUUACCAACUUUCAAAUACCUCUAUUUAUCUCCCUCUCUCUCAGAGUUAAAACCCUAAAUCUCUGUCUUAGUGUUCUCCACCCUAGAACAGAAAAUGUCUUUGUUUUGUCGAGUUUCAGUGGCCAGUACUCUUCCUUUCCGCGCGGCAAGUUCUCCGCCGGCGAGUCUCCAAACUGGUACCCAGAGAGUGACUUUUGGUGGUAGCCAUCAGUGCAGCCGCCUGAUUUCAUUCUCGAGCAUUUCGGCGGUAAGGGCUAUCACCCCCUCCUCGAAUCUGCUUAGCCUCCUCGAAUCUGAGAUCGAAAGCUCCGUUGUUGACGAAGACGCUCCUGACAAUGAGGAGUUGCCGGAAUGGUUUACUUUCCAAAUUAUUGAUCUUCCAACUGAACGAAUUGUGCGACUGAUUAGGAAGUUUGAUGAUGAAACCAUUAUUGUCUAUAUUGACCCUUCUGCGCAUCUGUUUGAUGAACAACCAAAGCUUCCUCAAGAUGAUGAAGAACUACUAGCUGGGAUUCCCAUGGUUGUCGAUGUGUCGAAAGAUGAUGAUGGUCUCUGUCUCGAGUUUGGAGUCAACGCUUUCGCCGAUGAGAUUGUCAUUGACAGUUUAGUUGUCCAACAACCCCAUGAACCUAAGUAUCCUUACCAAGGACCUGACUUUGAUGACUUGGAUGAGAAUUUGCAGAGGGCUGUCCACAAGUUUUUGGAGAUCAGAGGGAUCAAUCUCACCCUUACUAACUUUUGGGCAGAUUAUAUGGUCAACAAAGACAAGAGAUCGCAUCUUCAAUGGCUCAAGGAUGUGAAGUCUUUUGUUUUGACAUCUGAAAACUCUCAAUAAGAGUGAAACUUCUAGGUGAGUUUUAUGAACUUGUUAUCACCAUUAUCAAUAAUUGUAAGGAGUUGCUACAUUUGAUUUAAUUUGGUAGUUAUUAUUCAGAACU